AAUAUAGGAAACACCCUAAAAUGGACAAACCUGCUGCAAAGGUUCGCCGUUACUACCACAUUGAGUAUUUCCUUCUGCCCGAUGAUGCGGAGCCUAAAAAAGUUGACAUGGUGGUGUUUCCAAUGGUAGCCAAAGUGUUCCUGGAUUCAGGAGUAAAGACAGUGAGGCCGUGGCACGAAGGGGACAAAGUCUGGGUGUCAUGGACCCAGACUUUUAACAUCAACGUGACGAAGGAAUUACUAAAGAAAAUUAAUUUUCACAAAAUAACCUUGAAGGUCUGGGACACUAAGGACAAGGUUUCGAGAAAAGUCAGGUAUUAUCGGUUAAAGAAUACUGGGUAUUCGGAAGAUACAGGAUCUUUCGAGGAAGUGAAAAAUUUGGUUUUAAAUCAGAGAAGAUUAUCUGCACAGGCCCCACACAUCAAAGAGGAGUGGAACCAGGAGGAUGUGCAAGAAAAAGCAGAAAAAGCAGGAAAACACAUCAAGUCUUUGCAUGAUUCUCACCCAGCAGAGUCUGAAACUUUGCCCAAGAUCUCCGAGGAAUAUGAAAAGAUACCCAGAAUGGAAGAUCUUGCCACAGUUCGAUGGAGUAUUUCAAGAGAAACAGCUCUUUCUUUGGGAGCAGCAUCUGGGAUGGAGAUGAAGGAAUUAGCUGAGAGAUCAUCAUUUAACAGCUUAACAAACAUGUUAGAAAAGCAAAAAUUUCAAAUUAAACAGAAAGACUCAGAGGGGAGAAAGAAGAGCCAGAAGAAAAGGAAGAAGUCUCGAGCAGAAGAGGAAACUGACCUCAAGGUGGAAGGAAAUUGGAAGCAUGGUACCUUCUCCACUGAGCUGGUGGUGACGCCGCUCCUUGCAGGAUGGCAAACUGUUGUGAGUCGUGGCAGGGGGAAGUCUGCCAGCAUUUUAGAUUGUUUUUUGACUUUAAAAACAGAAGUUCCUAUCAUGACUGAGGAGCAAAAACAGGACUUAAAUCCCCUGACCAUAAAGAUCAAGUGUGUUUCCUGCCUUCCAUCACAACCUGUUCCCCUCCAUGAACUAGAGAGGCUGUGCAUCCCUGUGUACUGCAAGUACCAGUUCUUUAAGACUCCAGUUCACAGAACAGAGGGGCGGCCCCAUGGAAUCCACAUCUACUUCCAGGACAUCAAUGUCAUCUUUCUCGGGGCGAUGCAGCCCAGUGACCUGAGGGAAUAUCUGGAGGGGCCCCCCAUGGUGGUGCAAGUUCAUGACAGGGACCGCAAGGUAGAGGAGUAUUCCCGGAAGCCCACCUUGUUUGGGGAUGACCCCUUGGAUGCAUACGUCAACCUCCAGUCCCUCAUCUCUCCGGAAGAGACAGAGAGCAACCCCUUUGAAUCCCACAACAAAAUAUGGGACCCUUAUGGGGUUGCCCAGGUCAGUUUUGCCGACCUUCUCCUUGGCCACAAGUACUUGAACUUGGUCGUCCCCAUCCACAGCUGUGAGCCCAAGCCCACACACCGUGGCCAGAAUGGCAGGAGCAGGAAGGUUGUGGGGUUUCGGGUCCCCACAGAUGGCUUCCAGCACAACUCAAUGCCGAUGGGUAAUUACCUCGAGGCCAACUCUGUGCUCAAGCUGCGGGUGGACAUCGCUGUGCCACUGCGGGCCAGGGCUGAAGCCCCUGACCCAGAAUUUACAGGUGCCCAGUUUGGCCGCAUCGUUUUCGUGUUUGACUCCAAGAAGAUCUCCCUCCUCCAUGACCUGCUGCAGGACAUCACCAUGAUCAAUGCCAAGGCCCUUGAAUUGGAGGCGUACCCUGUCAGGAACAUUCAGCAGAUCCUGUCGGCCUUUAAGGUGCGGAUGAAGAUCCAGGAAAGGCAGGACCUGGAUGUGCUCACUGGCUUCCACCUGCUGGAUGGGAAGAUCCACCUACUCAUUCUGGAGGGUUUAGCUGACCAAGGCUUGAAGCGGCUAUGGGACAGCCAUCAAAGCCGAAUCACCAAAGCGGAACAGGGCAAAUACAAGGUGCUCUACAACUCCGCGCUGCGGUUCCGCCACCGCCUCUACGCCGACCUGGAGACCAUCCUGUACCAAGUGCACCUCUUCAAGCCGUUGUCACAGCUCAUGAAGCACUCGGCGCUCUACAUCCACAACAGCGUUCUACAGAAGGCCUUCCAGGCCCUGACCAGGAUCUACUGCAUCUGCCAUCACAGCACCAAGCUCAGGGAGGUGAUCACCAGAGACCUGCUGCCAUCCUCCGCCAUGGUCAAAGACUUGAGCCAAGAGCUGGGGCUGCCCAUUUCACAAGACGAUCUCACAGAUGGAAAAGUGAUGGUCUUGCCAUCUCAGCUGGCCCCCUGUCUUGAGCACUUCCUAAGUCGGAAAUCCACUCUCGCUUAUGAGAUCCAAGCCCACAGGGACAAGUACCUGCAGUGGCGGAACACCAUGGUGCUAACUAACAAAGGCCGGGAGCCCAGCCUGAUGCAGAAAAAUAUUACUGGAGCCUACCAGGUUAGCAAGAAGCCUUCAAAGGCUGUGGUGAAGGUGAUCAGAAUUUCAGCCCCUGCCAGAGAUGCUGUUUAUAACUACAGUAUCCAGACCCUGAACUCCACAGAGCUUGCUAAGAAGGAGCUGUAUCGAGAGAUGGCCAAGGAGCCAAGGAAGAGAUUCACGUACUCCCAGAAGUACCUCUCAGCCAUGGUGGAGCCUCAGGACUCAGAGGAAGAGGAGAAGAAAGCCAAGAAGAAAUCCUGCCAGGCCUGGCUCACAGCCAAUGGAUUCCAACUGACAGGUCUUCACAGAAGCCCUGAAAACAACUGUCACCUCAGACUGCCGCCCACUGGCACCACCGCGGAGCUGAAUGAGGAGUGGAGGGAAAAUGCCCGGUUUGCUACUGUGCUGGAUCGAGAGAGGUGGAGCUGGGACCGGCGCCAGCAGGACUUUGACCUGUAUAAGAAGCCACCACUUUUCCUUGAGCUGCCCCCUCCUCCAGCACCAAGGCCUGCAACAGAAAGACAAAAGAGAGUGGCCCCAUGGCCUGAGCAGCCCAGACCUUCUCAUCGGAGCUGACCACCAAUGCUGGCCAUGGCCACAACUCAGCCAACCUGCCUGCCUCCUCGGACCAUGCCUGGGUCAAGGCCCUUGACUUGCCCAUGCCACCCACUGACCCCCUCCCCCAACCACAGGCUUCAUUAAA